UUAUUAUGUAAGUAGUUUUUUUUUAAAUCUAUGCAGAUUUUAUUUUAUUUAUUUUUGUCUUUAUUCAUCCUUUUAAAUUUUUAAUAUUCAUUUCUUCAUUUUUUUUUAGAAAUGACUUGACAGCUAAUAACAGCAUUACCAUACAGUUUACAGAAAAUACCAUGCAUUUCACAUUCAGUAACUCCAAUCUCCCCUUAAAAUCAACCAAAGAAGUAGGUACUUCUUGUGAAGGCCUACGGCAAUUCAGAAAUAAAGAAACACAACAUCAAGAAACAGAAGAAAAAGAAGAAGAAGAAGAAGAGCAAACGGCAGAACAAAUGGAAAUUGACAUUGACAGUGUUAUAUUGGAGAGGAUGAUUCAUAGACAAGAAGAGUUAAAAGAAGAGAAAGAAGAAAUUGAAAGACGCUUAACAGACUUACAAUCGAGAGUUGAUAACAUUGAACAAGAACUUGAGGAUAUCAUGUAUUUAAUGGAUUAGCGGGAA